UUUAUAUAGAGAGAAUAUAUAAAUAUUGAAUAUAUUGAAUAAGACACAUUUAUUUUUUCUGCAACAAAACGCCAUGGCUAAAAAGCAAGUUGGUGAGGUUUGUUUGGCUUAUACUUCUACAUCGUAAUCCAUCAUUGAAGGAAGUCAGAAAAGAAACCCAUGCAGGGCUGGAACCUGGAGGCAGGAGCUGAUGCAGAGGCCCAUAUAGAGGUUCUGCUUACUGACUUGCAUCUCAUGGCUUACUCAGCCUGUCUUCUUAUAGAACUCAAGACUUUUAGCCCUUGGAUGGUACCACCUACAAUGGGCCAGGCCCUUCCUCUUUGAUCACUAAUUGAUAAAAUGUCCUACAGUUGGAACUCAUGGAGGCAUUUCUCCAACUGAGGCUCCUUUCUCUGUGGUGACUCUAGCUUGUGUCUGACACACAAAACCAGCCAUGAGUUCAUGCCUGCAUGUAUGUAUAUAUACACAUGCCAUGGCACAGAUGUGGUCAGAUGACAACUUAAUGGAGUCUGUUUUCUCUUUCUGUUUUUACUUGUUUACUGUCACUAGGCUUGUACUGUAAGUGCUUUUAUCUGCUGGGCCAUCUCACUGGCUCCAGUUUUUACAUUUUUAAAGGGCAAAUGUAUUUAUUGAUAAUGAAAUACUGUCUUUGCAUAUGCUGAUACUGCUGUUGAUACGUCUAAAUUUUCCAUGCAAGGUUGACCUGUGAAAGAAUUUGUGAACACUGUGGAACUCUGCUCAUUUGCUGAGGAAUGCUCAGCCUCUGGGCCCCUGUUUGGAAUGCAGCUGGACUCCUCUAGUCACCCUGGUAGCAUAGGUGGUGUAAGACUCUUUCCUUAGUGAUAGAAGGAAGUCAAAGCUUCCUAACUCCUUUCACAGCAUUAUCUAUGUAUCUUUGUUAAUGUGAUCCUGAGAAUAUUAUUAGAAAUGAAAAGUGAAGUGUAAAGUCUUGAAAUGGCUUGUUUGUAUAAUUGUACAACUAAGUUAAUCACUUUUAACAAGUCUCAACAAUGACUGCAUUCUCCUAGGAAGGUGUUAACUUGUUAUGGGGUAGAAAGAACCCUUUGAUAGAGCAUUUUCAGCCUGGAAAAACAGCUUUAAUUUUAGAGGCCACUGAAACAAAUGGAGACUUGUUGGGAAUAUUAACACUACCUUUUUCUUGUUUGUUUAGUUUAGCAGGAUCAAUGUUUAUUAGGUGAUGUUUGCUAGCAAGCUCUGAUGUGUAUACCAUUUCUGUUGACCAUGUUAUCAAUGUUCAGACAGUGCCAUUUGGUAUGAGUUUCAUACCUUGGCUCUUCACAUCUCAGUUUGUAAGAAGCACUGUUUCAAAACUGGCUUGGAGUUGUUAAGGGCAGUGACAUGAGGGCUCUGCACACUGAAUUUUUGGGGUUGUGCACUUAAAAGAACAAGGACCCUGCACUGUGCCCAGACUCAUUUUCUGAGGAGUUGGUGUUUUUCUGUUAAUCUCCUAACUAUGUUCUAACUGAAGGAAAGCAGAUCUUAAUUGAAAGCCGAUCCCGCAGAAUGAUCAAUAUCAUGAUGCUUUGGGUAGGGUGUAGUGGGGGAACAGCCUAAACUGUCCUGCUGCCUGAAUAUUGUCAAAGCUUUCCUCUGUCUGGUGGCUUCAAGCUGAUUGUAUGUAGUCAUUCUGAGACCAUGGCUCUGAGCUUUGAGCAAGGCUCUUCCUGUGAAUCACUGAGAAUUUGUGUUCACUGGAGAGGUAGUGAAUAGAAAUGUUGCCUUGACUUAAUUCUCAGUCUUCAUUCUCCCAGAAGCAAGAAUGUAUUCUGUCAAAUACAUUUUAGCUGUUUGUGUCUGUCACUUUCCAGUGUGUAAGAACUGGGACUGUUGGCAGCAGGUGUGACUUAUUGAUACUUUUGAUUCCAAAGGAAAACAUCUUUAAAGAAUAGUAGGUGAGAGCAGUGAGCUCUGUAAAUUACCUCUUCCCAGAGAAAAUGAGGCUGGAAAGUACUUGUCAGUCUGGAAGAAAACUCAUCCAGGAAAUAUUUAUUUUGUCAGGUGUCAGACUAAGGUUAUGAGUGCCCUCAAGGAGCUACCAAUCUGUUGGGGUGGACAGAUGCUUAAUCGAGACACCACAGUGUUUCUCAACCUUAGAUGCACUUUGAAAUAAACUGAAGAGUUAAAAAGAAUGAGGGUGCUGGACUGGAGAGAUGGCUCAUCCGUUAAGAGCAUUGACUGCUCUUCCAGAGGUCCUGAGUUCAAAUCCCAACAACCACAUGGUGACUCACAACCAUCUGUAAUGGAUCUGAUGCCUUUUCCUGACAAAACCCGGAGACUACAUUUGAAGUGUAUGUGGAAGUGGCCUAUCCUAGGACAGGUGGCACGCUUUCAGAGGCAGGAGAAGAGGAUGUUGUAUUGGAAGUUAUUCCUGAUCUGCAGAACAAAGAUCAUUUGCCAUGGCUUACUUUUCUGUCAUUCCAAAAUCCUGAGGUGCAGAGGCAAUUCCCGGAGGACUACAGUGACCAGGAGACAGGAUAAGGUCAUCUGGCACAUUUGUCCUUCAGAGGGCACUUGUGAGGAAGUUCUACAGACUUUGACCAAGUUUUGUUUUCCCUUCUAUGUGGACAGCCUCUCAGUUAGCCAAGUUGGCCAGAACUUCACAUUUGUGCUCACUGACAUUGACAGCAAACAGAGAUUCGGGUUCUGCCGCUUAUCUUCAGGAGCCAAGAGCUGCUUCUGUAUCUUAAGCUACCUCCCCUGGUUUGAGGUAUUUUAUAAGCUCCUUAACAUCUUGGCAGAUUACACAACAAAACAACAGGAAAGUCAGUGGAAUGAACUUCUUGAAACUCUGCACAGACUUCCCAUUCCAGACCCCGGAGUGUCUGUUCACCUCAGCGUGCAUUCUUACUUCACUGUGCCUGAUAGCAGAGAGCUUCCCAGCAUACCUGAGAAUAGAAAUCUGACAGAAUAUUUUGUGGCUGUGGAUGUGAACAACAUGUUGCAUCUGUACGCCAGCAUGCUGUAUGAGCGCCGGAUCCUCAUCAUCUGCAGCAAGCUGAGUACCUUGACGGCCUGCAUCCACGGCUCUGCUGCCAUGCUCUACCCCAUGUACUGGCAGCAUGUGUACAUCCCUGUGCUGCCCCCACAUCUGCUGGACUACUGCUGUGCUCCCAUGCCCUACCUCAUAGGAAUCCAUUUAAGUUUAAUGGAGAAGGUCAGAAACAUGGCCCUAGAUGAUGUUGUGAUCUUGAAUGUGGACACCAACACCCUGGAAACCCCUUUUGAUGACCUUCAGAGCCUCCCAAAUGAUGUGAUCUCCUCCCUGAAGAACAGGCUGAAGAAGGUCUCCACAACCACAGGCGAUGGGGUGGCCAGAGCCUUCCUCAAGGCCCAGGCUGCUUUCUUUGGCAGCUACCGGAAUGCACUGAAAAUUGAGCCAGGACAUCAAUCCUUCGCCUGGUGUAUGAAGGCCUGGUAUAUUAAUUGGCUGUCAGAUUCUGAAGAGGAAGAACCCAUCACUUUCAGUGAGGAGGCCUUCGUGUCCCACUACCGCUCUGGAGCCAUGAGACAGUUCCUACAGAAUGCCACACAGUUGCAGCUCUUCAAGCAGUUUAUCGAUGGCCGACUAGACCUUCUCAAUUCCGGUGAAGGUUUCAGUGAUGUCUUUGAGGAGGAGAUCAGCAUGGGAGAAUAUGCCGGCAGUGAUAAACUGUACCAUCAGUGGCUGUCCACAGUCCGGAAAGGAAGUGGAGCGAUUCUGAAUACUGUAAAAACAAAAGCUAACCCAGCCAUGAAGACUGUCUACAAGUUUGCAAAAGAUCAUGCAAAAAUGGGAAUAAAAGAGGUGAAAAACCGCUUGAAGCAAAAGGACAUCACCGAGAAUGGCUGUGCAUCCUCUGCAGAAGAUCCACUGCCAAAGACCAUACCAUCCCCACUGGCAGAGGCCAAGGACCCCAAACUUCGAGAAGACCGGAGACCAAUCACAGUCCACUUUGGGCAGGUACUGCCUUUAACGUGUCUGUUAGCUAAGCAUCUCAUUAGAACACUUCGGCGUCCCAGGCCCUUCUUUGCACCUUCAAAUAAAAGGCAACAAGCAAAAGCUUUAUAAAAAAAGUCAAUUAGGAGUUCUUUAUUAAUGUACUCCCUGAAAAUCAAUAUUGGGGGUUGUGUUUCUCUGAGUAAACACCCUUGCUGUGGUUCUAGAAAUACAACUCUUUACCCAACUGCUUGCAAGGACCUGAGUGCUUAAAAAAUUGUCUGUUCAUUUGGUUUUAUUUCUUUCCUCUUAACUAAUACAUUGUACUCUUUAGAGAAAUUGAAAUUUUCAUCCAUUUCCUACCUGUGGCUAUAUUUUUCAAUUAAAAGGAUUAUGUAGCCUUCCCUACUUCUCUUCAAUUGACUGUUCUAAUUUAUUAAAUAUAAAUGUGUGUGUGUGUGUGUGUGGUGUGUGCAGUUUGGUGCUUUUGGUUUGAUUUGGUAUCUGAAACAUGGCUCCGUAGGUAUGGUUGUAACAAGAGUCCGCAAGGUUUCCUGUUGUAGUCGUCAUUGUUUUUCUGGUCCUAGGGCUCUAACCAAGGACCACAAGCUACAUUGUAUUACUGAACUUAAGUCAUCUGAUUCUUUAGCCAUUCUCUAGAUGAAGUAUGAUAAAGCUAGUCUGUAUGAGGUGUAUUUUUAGAUUUUACUCUAUGAUUAUUUUUAUUUUAUUGUUACCUAUUUAUUUACUUAUUUAUUCACUUUACAUCCCAAUCGCAGCCCCCCCUUUUCCCAGUCCACCCCUCACAUGACUCCUCCCCCAUCCCGCCCUCCCCUUCAUUUCUGAGAAUGGAGCGGUCCCCCCCACCCCCCGCACCAACACACCUGGGCACCUCAAGUCACUGCAGGACUAGAUACAUCCUGUCCCACUGAGGCCAGACAAGACAGCCCAGUUAGGGGAGCAGGAUCCACAGGCAGGCACCCAAGUCAGGGAUAACUAGGUGUUGGAAGACCAGCAUGAAGACCAAGCUACAUGUCUACUACAUAUGUGCAGGGACCUGUCUGUAUAACUUGUAUUUACUGUUAGUAGGAUUGCUAUUUCACCUCAAAAGGAGCCUAGAAUCCUUCAUGCAAAAUAUUUCUUAUGUUAAGAGACAUUCAUCAGGAGCCAUUAUAUAUCAAGUAUUGAACUAUUUAAAAUUAAAGAGAACCAGGCCCUUGAGAUGGCUCAGCAGGUAAAGAUGCCCAUGACCAAACCCGACAAUGUGAGUUCAGUCCCCAGCUACUGUGUGAUAGAAGGAGAAAACCAACUCUCCCAGUUUGUCCUCUGACUUCCACAUUUGGGCGUGGACAGACACACACACACACACACACACACACACACUCCACAUACAUAAGCUAACACACAUGCAAGAGAAAUAAAAGUGUAAAAGGAAAAAUAAUUAGCAAAACAGCCAUUGUGGGCUCUCAUUGCAAAGCAUGAACUGGCACAUGAAACCACUAUCUUCUAAUCAGUCUUUUCGGAUAAUUAUGUCCGUACCUCAUCAAUUUGGGAAAUCUGCCCCUCUUCUAAUUUUAUACUUAAAGGGAUGUCAUAGGACCCAGGACAUCCCGUAAAGCAGAAGCACUGACUAACUAGCAGUUCUCUUCAAAGCACACCAGUGUCUGCACCCUGAGGACCUGUCUCCUUAGGGGCUUAGGCCCCAUCGGAACAAUCCACACCCCAGUUCCUGGCCAUGUUUGCUGAAAGCACAGCCCUGUUGUCACCAGCAUGGCAUUCCAGAGUCAGCUUCCUGCUUUCCUUUGUCCUCAUUCCUGAACAUUCAAACCUGCCCAUGAAAGGAUCCCUCACUGGAGUUGGGAGCCCAUUACAGAGAAAGAGGAGGUGGUGGGGGUUGGGGGGAUUCAUGGUGUUAAACAUUCCAUUUUUCAAAACACACAAAAAAGGAGGCCCUAUGUGAAAUAGAGAGACCUUCUUUCCAUUUCAGCAAGAAAUAGAGAAAUGCUUUAAUGUCAUUCCCAGCUAAAUGCAGAAUAAGAGUGUGUGUGCUCACACGGGUGGGGGAUAAACAAUUAAAAAGCCACCCCAAACUCUGUUGAAAUAAGAGCUGUCUGUGCCUUCACAGGUCUGCAAACUGGAGAGGAUGAAAGUGGCUCACCCACCCCCCAUUUGUCACUUCCCUCACGUGGCUGCCAGCAUUAUGCAAGUGUACAGGAAGGCAGGAAUUUUUUUUUAAUGCAUGCAUACGGAUUAAGGUCAAGCCCCUAGUAUCAGCCAUGCAGCGGGCUCUCCCUUCCAGCUGCAGCCACAGAGCCUACCCACAGCCGCAAGAUGCCUUAAUUGAGACGUGCUGUCAAAGUGACAAACACAUUUGCAUACAGUCUACACUCUAUUUAUUUUCUCUGGAAAGGUCUACAGUCUGCUGUUGGUUGAACAUUCUUAAUCAGUUUGCUGUAAGUGAACCACCAGCUAGCUCACUUGAGCUGGGCCCCUUCUUAUUAGGUGACAGAUUAGCAGGGAGGAGGGGGAUGGAGAAACCACAGACACCCUUUUUUUUAAUUCUUUCCAGCUUUGCCCCUUGGUGGGUUGUCCUUCAGUCCUUCCCUAGGACCUUCUCUGAUGGGCCAUUGAUGGCAGGGGUACAGUCCUUCUGGCCAGUCUGAGAUUUAAGAGUUCUAACAGUUAAAAAUUAUGUGCUACAUCCUUCUGUGUUUUCCUUACUUGCACAUUGCUCUCUAAACUGUUUGAACCUGGUUUGCGUCCAGACUGUAGCUUCCUCUUAUGGUAUCUCUAACGUCACAGAUUUAGCAUACCAGUCCAGUUUUUUUUUUCUAAUCUAUAAUAAAGUCUAAAUGUUCACUUAUGAUUCAUCAGUGCUACUCAUAUAACCCUAGUAUGUAAAUCCUCUCCUUGCAGGUGGAGGAACAGGCCUCACAAUAUCCUAUAUGAAGGCAGGGACUAUUGACCUUAUUUUAUGGGUCAAGAGAUGAAAGACCUGAAGGGACCUGCUCAGACCCACAUUGUCAGUAUGGCCACUCAAACCCCAGUCAGAUCGUACCUAACCAUCUCGACAUUCUCACUCUGGGCUUACAUUCCUAUGGAUUUUUUCAAGCCCACUUGCUUAACUAAAGUUGGGUUUAGUAAUACAUGUCUAUAAUCUUAGGCCUUAGGAAACUAAGACAGGAACAACAUAAGUUUGAAGCCAGUCUGGGAUACACAUGACAUUGUGUCUCAAAAGUAAGAAAUAAGAUGAAACAAAAUAAAACAAACAAAAAGUUCACUUCUCUGGACUGUAAAAACCAGGGCUGUUGUAAUCGCGACAUUAACCCUUCUACAUUACAACCCUGGUGCUGGUGCCUAGACAAGACAGCCCAGUGGACACAUCCUACAGGGUGACAGAAAAAGGCCUUCUGCAGAGUCCUCAGCAGUAUGGGAGUAGCUGACAAGAGGGGAUCUCAAUGCCAAGAGAAACCACUGCCAGGGAAAAAAGAUAGUUUCUUACCCGCUGCUCUCCUCAAGGCUGGGACUGGGCCUCUAUUUGUAUAUAUACUGUUCCAUCUACAUACCGUAAGAUAAGUAAGCACCCAGUCUCCACCCGUGUAGGACAUAAUGAUGGAGAGAUAGGCCUACAAAUGAACAGAGAGUGAGAGAGAGAGAGAGAGGGAGAGAGAGAGAGAGAGAGAAGGAGGAGGAGGAGGAGGAAGAGGAGGAGGAGGAAGAGGAGGAGAGGAGAGGAGAGGAGAGGAGAGGAGAGGAGAGGAGAGGAGAGAACUUGCAGAAAUCAGUUCUUUACACCGUGUGAAUCCUGUAGUCAGAAUGGACAGCAAGCACCUCUACCCACUGAACCAUCUUGCCAGCCCCUAAAAUGCAUACCUUUUAAAUAAAGGCUAAAGCUAGGCUGAAUGUUACACCCCUGUAAUCCUAGCACUUGAUGGGGGAUGGAGGCAGGAAGAUCAGAGUUCAAAUCCAACCUGGGCUACAUAGGAUGCUGACUCAAAAGAAAUGAGUAAAAGGAGAAUACUACAUAAGUCCUAAGGCCAAAUGGUUGCUAAGUCAUUGCUUCAGAAUUUAAAGGACUAAGUUAAUCCUCACAGGAUCAGUAAACAGUGGUACAGCUGUUCUAAAACACCUACUUAGAGGGAUCUAUGGAAGGGAGGAUAGGGCAUGUCCGACUAUGGAAGGGAGGAUAGGGCAUGUCCGACUAUGGAAGGGAGGAUAGGGCAUGUCCGAUUCCUUCCCAGACCCCCAGAGAAGCUCUUCUCUCCAGGUAGAAGUAAAAGAAAGAGAAAAGAGGCUAGAGAGUCAAAUCCCAUGUUUCACUCUUCUGAGAUGGGGACUGGGACUUCCUUCCUGUCCCUGGCUUUAGAAGGGGUAAGGAAGCAGGGACCUCCCCAGCAGUGGGAGCACCCACAGGAACAACAUGAUGUUUUGACCCUUCUCCCCUGGCAGAAGUCAGCAGAGGUGGCAGCACUUUCUAUAGAAGUUGUUCUCUGCAUCUAGUCAAAUGGCCAGGCUACCAAGUACUUUGAAUAUCUGUGCUUAUUGAAAUGUGUCAUAAGCUGGUAAGGAAACAGCUUGGCUGUGCUGGCAUGGUUCACUCAUGUCUACUCUUGAACCAGCACAACUCCUCUGCUCCUCUUGGUUGAGUGCAACCCUCCCUCCCUGCUAGAGAACUGGACGAAUGCUGAAGUCCAGGGAUGCUUGCUGCUAGCCCUGAGUGCAGGCUGCCAAGGCUCACUGAGAAAGAAAUGGGAGGACCAGUUCUCAGACCUUCCAGACUUGCUUCAUUUCCCACAAUUCACUGAUCUGCAAAAUGAGUAAUUGCUUGUUUUCCAAUGUACAGAUUCCAAAACACACAUCUUGAAAUGUACCUCUACUCCUUCUGUUUGAACAAGGGAAUAUGAACUUUAAUGUAAAGUUUCAAAAGCUGUUUAGAGGCUAGAUUGUUGUCUCAAUGGUUUAAAGCACUGGCUGCUCCUCCAAAGGACUUGAGCUUAAUUCCCAGCUCCCACAUAGAGGCUCACAACCAUCUGUGCCUCCAGUUUCAAAGGAUCUAACAUCCAUUUCUGGCCUCCAUGGGCACCAGUCAUACACAUGGGGCAUAGACAUGCGUACAAGUGAAAUACCCAUUCGUAUAAAAUAAUUUAAAAGUUUGUUUUGUUUUGUUGAAGCAAAGUCCUGCUAUCCUAGAGCUUGGCUUGCUGUAUAGACCAGACUGGUGCCUUGAACUUGCCAUGAUCUUCCUCCCUCCAACUGGGAUUAAGGCAUACACCACCAUGCAUGUUUAAACCAGUAUCCUAAUCAAAUAACAUGGUAGCUCUCUGGUGAGCUGUGACAGGUUUGAACACCAUCCUAAGACCAGCUCUGGAAAUACAACCAAAAGCAUGAGCCUGUCCUUUACUGCCAGUCUUAGCUACACCGAAAUGCUACCAAGACAACAAAUGUCCUCAAAACCCUUGGCUCUGAGUAUCCUGAGAAGUUCUGUAGAAGUGCCAUUCCUCACUCACACCUCCAGAGGUGUCCUGCAUUCUCAUGACACCUCAAACACAGACCACCACCACCCCAAACUGGAGCAUACAGUCCCUGCCAGACUCCUUCCAUAUCCUCAGCUCCCACCUCAGAACCUCACCCACACCAACCCUGAACACUUCAGUCCUCCCCUCUCCAUUACUUCUCUAACAGCCUGGAUAGCAAGCCAAAUGACCAUCACAUGCACUGUGCCUCCUGACUGACACUCCCACUGCAGUACCCCAUGGCCUUUGAAGACUGCCAUCUCACCACCAUGUUCCUAGUCUCCCUUAAUGAUUCCAUCUUCCCCUUGACCUAACCCAGGAGGUCCUUUACCUCUGUGUCCAAACUCAGAGCGUGUCCCCUUGUAAGCCUCCUGGCUCCUGUAGGAACCUCUAGGUCCUUCUCUGUACCCUACCCCAGGACUCUGCACACACCAAUCUCUCACAGAGUCUUGUGAUCAUUUCUUUAGUACCAAUCUUCCCCCAUGAUUACAUAAACCUCUUAGAGGUUCACAGUCUUCAACAGGACCUGGCAUGAAGCUAGCAGUCUGUAAACACACAUUGGUUUUAUUAUUACCAUAGAUGAUUAAAUUGGACUGUAACUAAUUAACUAUUGUUUGACUUCUCCAUAUGUGUACCUCAAGUUAUUUGGUUUCAUCUCAGUUGCUAUUCUGUUCAUUUGGGGAGAAAAUUGGAUAAUCUAUUAGUGCUCAAACACUACUUGCAAAUUCCCUUUCCAUAAAUAAGGAUCCAUUUACAAGUUGAGGCAGCUUUGAGUGUUAAGAACUUGGAUCCUGUCACAUUGUACUGUGUUGUGUCUUUAUGAGGUCCUACGGUCAACCAUACAUGCCCCAUGGGAAAGUGAAGGACAAGUCAGAGGAGUAAGACACUCUUCUAUACCCCAAAGUUACCUGGACCUAUUCAAGAGGGGGAGGGAAGAGCUGUCAGAAGAAGAGGCCCUUGUCUCUGAGUUACAUAGAAUAUAAAUUGCAGACAUCAGGCCUGCAAUCCCAGAACUUCAGAGGCUGAGACAGAAAGAUUGCCAUAAGUAUGAAGCCAGUCUAGGUCACAUGGGGAAGACUCUGUCUGAAAAAUCACAUAUUAGGGGGCUGGAGAGUAGCUUGGUUGCAAAGUGCCAUGCAAACAUGAUUGGGAUUUGAUCUCUGAUACACAUGUAAAAAGUUAGUGAGGCAUGUAUGUAUCACUACCCCAAGGGCUCGGUGGACCUAUUCAGGCAGAUUCUAUGAACUUACUGGCCAGCCAGUCUAGCCAACACUUCAAACUCCAGGCUCACUGAGAGACUUUGUCUCAAAACACAAGGUGGGGAGUAGUUGAGGAAGACAUCAGCCAUUGACAUCUGGCUUCACAUAUGCACAGGCAAGUAGGUGUCCACACCUCCACACAUGCAUCCACAUGCACUCUACAUGUACUUGCCAAUGAGUCUGACAGUCAUAAUAAUAAGAGAGCUCAGAUGAUGGAAACUCAGAGGCUGAGGUAGAAAGUCAGUAGAUUUCUGUUGCAACAUGCAGCACUUAAGAAGUGCUCCUCUUAUUUUGGGGAGCUAGCAAUACUAGAGAACUCAGCAAUGUGGGCAGAGCUCCUGAUGUAGUGUGGAAGCAGCCUUCAGAACCCUGCCUCAGAAUAGCACCUGUCAAACUGCACCAGCUCCACUCACACUCAGCCCAGGUGAAGGAUGGAUGCGGAAAGUCAAGGUGACAGAACAUCUCUGCUGCCACCAGCUCCUCUUGGGACCUAAGGGCACCUAUCUUACAUACUUGGCAUUUGGCCAUUCUUAAGAGCAGCUGAGGGAGAGGGUAAUACUGAGUUUCUCACUUCCUGCCAGGUGCUGUGCUAAAACCUGAGGUCUCUGUUCUAGCAGAUGCCACAGUUGCUGCUGCCAUUGCAGUGGACCAAGCCAUGUGACCCACCAGGCCAUCUUGUUAGGGAUGGGUCUCAAGGCUUAUCCCCCUCCUUCUGAGAACAGGAUAGGCAAGAAGAUAAUAAGGACUUCUUCCAGAGUGUGUGGCUCAGAAGUCAGAGUUCAUUUCAGGCCAUGUUCUGACCUGAAGUUUGGAUCUUCCCCAGCUCUGCUGAGAACAUGGUGAUUCCUUGAUGGAUGCAUACUGUUAAUCUGAUGCAGAAGCUGAGCCAGUGGCCCAGGAUCUCAGGAUAUGGAACCACAAUAAGGCUUUGUUUCUGGUUACCUUCCAGACCUUAGGCCCUCCUUAACAUUUCUGUGUCUCAGUUGGUGCCAAGACAAGUAUACUGGUAUUCUGCACCUGGUGGAGAUACCAUAAGCCAAAGCUACCAUUAAUCUCAAAAGCAUGCUGGGUAAUGUCCUGGUGUGUGUGAAGGUGGUGAAUACAGGAGAAGUGUGUGGGCACGUGUAGGAGUUGACUGGUAUUGGCUAGGUCAGGUACCACUCCAGCUCUGAAGACCAAGGAAGGGCUUAUAUUAGAAAUUUAUAUUGUUUGGGGUAUGUGGGCUCUCAAGACAUAUUUCCAAAUUCAGUUUCCAAAAAGAAAUUAUUUGUUUGUAUGGGCCAUGAUUAUGGUCUAAUUCUGGUACCAAAUCGAGUAAGCCAGGCCUUUCUCCCACUUUUUCAAGUGUCACUCUUAACACUCUCCUAUGCAGUGAUCACAUGACUUACCACUGCAGAACACAUCCUUCUAACUAGAAGAUGAAGAUGAAAAGAAGUAACUUCCACACAAGAUAUGGCCGUGACUGACUGAGCCCAUCUCCCAGCCAGUCACCAUGGCUAAAGGUCUCCUGCACACAGGGGACACAUCCCAUGAAUGCACACACCUCAGAGAUAAAGGAGUAAUUCCUGCAAAGGAGCUGGAAGGUGGUUUUCAAAGAGAGGAGGACUCAAUCAAACAGUGUGCAGGAGAUCCAACAGGAAAGUGUCCUUGCCUCUUAUCCUGUUCCAGAGAAAAGUUCUUAUCCAGAGCUGAGGGGAACCUAUGAUUACAAGAGCAUGCAGAGUCAAGGGCACACAUCAAGCAGAACGCCAGAUUUAAAAAAAAAGUACCAGGCCGUGGUGGUGAAUGCCUUUAAUCCCAUCACUCAGGAGGCAGAGGCAGGUGGAUCUCUGAGUUCAAGGCCAUCUUACAGAGUUAGUUCCAGGAUAGCCAGGUCUACACAGAGAAAGCCUGUCUCAGAGAGAGAGAGAGAGAGAGAGAGAGAGAGAGAGAGAGAGAGAGAGAGAGAGAGAGAGAGAGAGAGAGGAGGAGAGGAGGGGAGGGGUGGGGAGGAGAGGAGAGGAGAGGAGAGGAGAGGAGAAGAGAAGAGAAGAGAAGAGAAGAGAAGAGAAGAGAAGAGAAGAGAAGAGAAGAGAAGAGAAGAGAAGAGAAGAAGAAAAGAAAAACCGUGGGGUAGAACAGAGGGAAGAGAACAAGCAUGCAGGCAUGUCAGUGUGUACCAGCCAGGGAGAUUAGAACUGAGGAUCCCAGGUAAAAGGAGUGAAGGAGUGAAUCAUAGCCGGGACUGUGCCACUCUAUAAAAAUAGGCAUUGCAGUCACUGGACUUCUUAUUUCACAGAACCCCUAGUCCUGUAGCUCCCCGAUUCAAAGUCAGCAAGCUAAGAGGCAUCCCCAAGGCCUUGUUCUGCCAUUUGAAUUUAAACCCCAAUUGUUUUGGUCUCAGUCUUGUUUUCCUUCCCAUCCCAUAGGGACCUAUCACUUCCUCAGUGUCAACUUGAGCACGUCACUACAGCUAGCUGCAUUGCUCAGUAGCUAGACUACAAUCUUUAACCUAACACCAGUGGGAGCAGCUUCUUCCAGCCAUGUCCUAGUUACAUGGGGAAGACUCCAAGCCAGAGAAAUUACACUUCCUAGUCCUAAACUACCCUGGUUAGCCAGCACUCGCUUUGUCCAGUGCUUAAUUAGAGAAUGCUUACCUUUUAAGUGGUUGUAUUAGCCCAAGGUAUAACCUCAAGAAAGAUCCGACUAAAACUACCAAGGAAUAGAAUCUGAGUGGCCUGACCAGUUGAAAUUCUUGUUCUAAGCAGGAAGAAAGUCUGAAUGGGCUUUGUGCCUGGGAACUGUAUCCUGUCCUCCUUUCCAAGGUGCUGACUUCUAGCAUCACCUGGUGGAGAGCCCCAGGGCUGAUGUGCCGGCAGUUUCUAGCACCACUUUUAUUAUGGCAUCUCCUAAUGUCACUAGUCUAAUUUUCUUUUCUUUUUUGGCUUUUCAAGACAGGGUUUUAUACAGCUCUGGUUGUUCUGGAACUCCCUAUGUAGACCAGGCUGACCUCAAACUCAGAGGUCUGCUGCCUCUACUCCCCAGGUACUAGGAUUAAAGGUGUACACCACCACUGCCUGGCUCUCAGUGUCCUUGGCUUGGCAGAAAGUUCUGCUCAGUGGCCAUUAUGCAUGCCAGGAGCUACCUAUCACAUAUCUUGCAUCCAGUAGUGAUCUGGACACUGCCUAUGCAGGGGAAUUAUUAACCUACAGAUGCCCUUGAGAAGGGAGUCACAGGGACCAACCAAGAGAUACAGUAUAAGAAGGGAUCAGAUGCACUGAGGAGGUUCUCAUAAUAGUGUGGACCUGCUGUGCUGGGACGGACUGCUCUCCAAGCCUCAUGUUACUUAAUCUUUCAAGAGCUGUACACAGUGGAUGCAAGUGUUUUUCCUAGAGAGGUCAAGCAACCUGAUCAAGGCAAGAGUUCAAGCUAGGCAUACCCAUCCAGUGCCAAAGCCUGGGCUCUCCUCACCUUCCACCUAGCCCUCUUCAUCAACUCUGCCUGCUUCCCUGGGUAUUUGGUUGACUAGAUCAAGGUCAAUUUGAUGCAUUUCUCUUUUUCCUGUCUAAGACUCAUGCAUUCUGCCUGUACUUUGAACUUUACGUUGUCCCAACACCAGUUGCUUUAACACAGGCAUUUUCUGAAUGCCCACCAAGUGUCUAGCAAUGUGCACAGCAGAGACAUGGGUGUUCUCAUUUCCUUUUCCCCACCUGGCAGAGCUGGGGAGUAGCAGCAGUUUUCUCUAUCGAAAGCCUUCUGCCAUCACUACCAUCUUAUGAGCGACAAUCUGAGGACUUGGUCUUUCUGCCAACACAACAGUAAUCCUUUCAGGAUUUACCCCUUCACUCAUCUGACAUGUUUGAGGCAUGGCAGGUGCAAAGGCCCCUGGGUCACAGAAAAUUAGAUGUUGUCUGCCUUCAUGGCUCAGUGGUUGGGAGAAGCAGUCCACAAAUGCUACAAAGAGGAAAUGAAAUGAAAUGGGCACAAGUCUGGGAGUAGAGAACAGAGCAGCCAUCUAGAGGAGGGAGCAUUCCAACUGGAUCUAGAGAAGCUCUCCAUAAUACUCAUCAUGUAUUGGAUAGAGCCAGAGUGGGAGUGAGCAUUCCAGACAAGAGAAUGAACUCCAGGGAAAUAGGGGCCAACAUGGUCACCAGAGGCCAGCAGGUAAGAUCUGGGCAGUAGCCAAGCUUUGGGGGAGCUUAAAUUAUACCCCAAGCAUGACUUCAAGCCAGGAACAGGUUGUGUUCAAGGGACUGACAACUGGGACCUGAAUUACUGGGACAGAAUAGGUAAGUUAGAAAGACAACUAAAGACAUCCCUAAUAUUGCAGGUGAGCUUGGGGAGCUCAACCAAGGGUGCUGAUUUCAUGAGUGGAGACUCCCAGGCAGAGCAGAGCAGUCAGCAGUCAGCUAAGUGCCCUCCACAGGGCAGUUUGGAGUUUGAGGCAGAGCAACACAAAGCUAGAACUGGUUUAUAUGUGUCCUCGACAUACUCAGCUGAGGUUUGCAGCAUAGCCUGUGAGAGAGGGACUGCACUCACGGCACAGGCCAGCUGAGAGCUCCAGUGCUUCCUUCAAUGAAAUGGGUGCAGCCCUCCUGUCUUUACAGCCCAGUUUCUUCUCCCACCCAUGUGUCUUUUUACUCCUCAUGGCUUCCUCCUUCUAUCCCAGGCUCUUGUGAUCUCCCUCCCCAGAUGGUCAGCUCUUCACUAUCCCACGAUGUUCUGGGAUAACCAACUUAUAGACAUGGCUUUAAAAAUAUAAGCCUGUGUCUUGCUGGGUAGAGAACAUGGGUCGUUUCAAGCCAGCCACUGGCCAUUUUUGCAAACCCAUAGGAACCACACAGGGAAGCUUGUUAGGCCUUUUACACCAGGGAUCCCAUAAGUAAAUAGUGCUGUAUCUUAGUGCAUAUGGGCUGGAGUAUGGAUAUAGAAGCACUGUAUAAAUAAUGCAUAUUUACAAAAUAAGUACAUCAAUAUAUUAUUACCACACAGCCAUAAACAAAUCACCUAGGCGAACUGGCUUCCAUCCAUCAGCAUGCAUCAGCUUUAGAAAUGACCACCAGAAGGGAGAGAGAGUCCUCCUGCCUGGUAACCUUGAGACCUCUGGUUUGAGGCAACUGGUGAGAUUGCAGGUGGGUACCCUGACACACAGCCUUUCUGCCAAGGUGUGACACCUACUGUGGCUGUGUGUUCCUGCAGAUGUCUUGAGGUCUGCUACCGAGCAGAAGGCUGAUUAGCACCAAGUUGCAGGAAGUAAUGGGUUGCACCUCCAGGAAGAUGGCUGGCUGGGCCAAAAGAAUUUUCUAAUUAUGCAGAUUCACUUUGGCUUGCUAGUGAGUAGACUUCCUAAGUGACUCUUCUGGGAACCCUAUAACUUUCAGCCCCCCACCAUGAAAGUAGGGCUGCAUUUUCACAGAGCCUGUGUCCAUCUCUUCAACCCCUCUCUGAGCCCUGAAUCCCACUGGGCAUCUGGCUCCAACAUCUGGAGCUCAGGAGAAGUAGCUGACAGAAUGGCUGGAGUGGGCACCCCUCCCCUUGGUUGUAAUGGCACAAUGCUGGAUUUCAGUAUUUUAAAUGAAAAAUAUAUGCAGUUAGCUGUGCGCUGACAGUGUCCUUGAGGAUUUGACAGUGAGAUUUUCCAGCAGUUGGUCUUCGUUAGGAUCCUGGCAGUGUUUAAUAAGGCAGUGGAACUGCUGGCACCUUGGGCUCCUGUUUGUUCUCCGAGGGCUCGGGGCUGCUGCGGUAAGCACACCGACCAGAGCUGAUCAUUACAAGGGCGUACGCCACCAUGAAUAAAAAUGUCACACGUUUUCCCAUCUCACAGCGGUACAAAAUGUCAGUCCUGUCAAACACACAUUGCAGGGAGCUGUGUGCAGUCCGUACAAAUUGGAAAGCUGCAUAUUCCCCCAGCCUUCUGAUAUUCUUCAUUUGAAGCUGAAGAAAAACAGUUGUUAACCUAUUAGCUGGGAUUUUAAACUCUGCUGAGGCUCUGGAUGGUAGACUCUGACACAGAUAGGAAGGUAUUCCAGGGUCCAGGAAUUUGAAACCAAGUUCUCCAUCCAGUGGUUCCUAGACACGGAAAAAAAUAAAAUAAAAUAAAAUAAAAUAAAAUAAAAUAAAAUAAAAUAAAAUAAAUCCACUCCCCUGUCUAGCAAACCCAACUGUCUUUCUUUAACUGACACACUGGGGAAAUUUAGGGAUAUUUCAUAUCUAAGCUUUCUAAUGCUUCCAUACGAGCAUUCCACUAAAAGAAAAAGAAGAAAAGAAAGAAAGAGAGAGAG